GCGUGCUGACCAUGCUGCUGCCCCUGGCUGUGAGCAAACCCCCCCGGGGGGCAGAGCUGUAGGGACCCCCCCCCGAGCGCGCCCCAUGGAUGCGGAGCCCUGUGCCAGCAUGCAGGUGGGCAUGCGGGUGGUGCGCGGCGUGGACUGGAAGUGGGGCAGCCAGGACAGCGGCGAGGGCAACGUGGGCACCGUGGUGGAGAUCGGCCGCGCCGGCAGCCCCACCACCCCCGACAAGACCGUGGUGGUGCAGUGGGACCAGGGCAACAGGACUAACUACCGCACGGGCUUCCAGGGAGCCUACGACCUCCUGCUCUAUGACAACGCCCAGAUCGGUGUCCGUCACCCCAACAUCAUCUGCGACUGCUGCAAGAAGCACGGCAUCCGUGGGAUGAGGUGGAAGUGCAAGAUGUGCUUUGACUACGACCUGUGCACUCAGUGCUACAUGAACAACAAACACGACCUGUCUCACUCCUUCGAGCGCUACGAGACAGCACAUUCACAGCCAGUCCUGGUGAGCCCUCGGCAGAAUUUGACUCGCAUCACCCUAAAAGGGACUUUCCAAGGGGCUAAAGUGGUCCGUGGCCCCGACUGGGAGUGGGGGAACCAGGAUGGUGGCGAAGGUAAAACCGGCCGGGUGGUGGAUAUCCGGGGCUGGGAUGUGGAGACCGGGCGCAGCGUGGCCAGCGUCACCUGGGCUGAUGGCACCACAAACGUCUACAGGGUGGGGCACAAGGGCAAAGUGGACCUGAAAUGCACUGUGGAGGCUUCUGGGGGCUUCUACUACAAGGAGCAUCUCCCAAAAUUGGGAAAACCAGCUGAGCUGCAGAGGAAGGAGAGCACAGACAGACACCCGUUCCAGCACGGGGACAAGGUGAAGUGCCUGCUGGACAUCGACAUCCUGAGGGAGAUGCAGGAGGGCCAUGGAGGCUGGAACCCCAAAAUGGCUGAGUUCAUUGGCCAGACAGGGACUGUGCACAGGAUCACGGACAGAGGGGACGUGAGGGUCCAGUUCAACAGCGAAACCCGCUGGACUUUCCAUCCUGGAGCCCUGACCAAGCUCAACACGUUCUGGGUGGGUGACGUGGUGCGGGUGAUCGAUGACAUGGAGACAGUGAAGCGCUUCCAGCCUGGCCACGGGGAGUGGACGGACGAGAUGGCCCCUACCCUGGGGCACAUCGGGAAGGUGAUCAAGGUGUACGGGGACGGAGAUCUGCGCGUGUCGGUGGGAGGCCAGUCCUGGACCUUCAACCCUGCCUGCCUGACAGCCUACCAGAGGGAGGAGGAGGCAAACCUCAUGACCACCGAGAGUGCAAAGGAGUCAAAGAGUACUUUGGUGACUGUUCUGGAGAAGCUGCUGUCCCAGAAGACAGAGUCAGAGCAUGCUGGGUGCCUGGUCAUUUGUGCAGCCCUCAACAACACAGCCAAGGUCCGGGAGCUCCUGCAGAAAUACCCGGACAAGGUCGAUGCCAAGAACCAGGGCAGAACUGCCCUGCAGAUUGCCUCCUACCAGGGGCACCUGGAGGUGGUGAAGGCUUUGCUGCAGGCACAUGCCAGCGUCAACCUGAGGGACGACGAGGGGGACACGGCGCUGCACUACGCGGCUUUCGGGAACCAAGCUGAGGUGGCCCGUGUGCUCAUUGGCAAAGGGGCCAGCACAGACCUGCUGAACAACGCCAAGUGCACGGCGCUGUACGUGGCUGUGAGCCAGGGAUUCACCGAGGUGGUGAGGGCCCUCUGUGAGCUCAACUGUGAUGUCAACCUCCCAGAUUCCCAGGGAGACACCCCCCUGCAUUAUGCCAUCACUCUUGAUUACAAAGUCGUUAUUGAGAUUCUCACUGAAGUACCCAACAUAGACUUCACUGUCCAGAACGGCCAAGGCUUCAACCUGCUCCACUAUUCUGCUCUGAAAGGCAACAAGCUAGCCAUAAAGAAGAUCCUGGCAAGAGCUCGGCAGCUGGUCGACUCCAAGAAGGAAGAUGGUUUCACUGCCCUGCACCUUGCCGCUCUCAAUAAUCACAUGGAAGUGGCAGAAAUUCUCAUCAAAGAGGGCCGCUGCGACGUGAACCUCAAAAACAACCGUAACCAGACCCCCCUGCACCUGGCAGUGAUCCAGGGCCACGUGGGGAUGGUGCAGCUGCUGGUGGGCCAGGGCAGCGACGUCAACGCCGAGGACGAGGACGGGGACACGGCCAUGCACAUCGCCCUGGAGCGCCAGCAGCUCAUGGCCCUCGCCAUGGAGAAGACAGAGGGGGACAUGGGGCCAUCCCUGCUUUCCAAGCUGCAGGCUUCUGGCUUUCUUGGAAAUGUGGAGCUGAAUGUGGGGACUGCCAUUGCCUGCUACUUAGCACAGGAAGGAGCAGAUAUCAAUUAUGCAAACCACAGGGGAAAAUCUCCCCUAGACCUCAUUACAGAUGGGAGGAUCAUCCAGAUCGUCAAAGACUUCUCACAGAAAUUCAGGGAACAGCAAGUUUCUUCAGACAGCUCCACCAUCACCUGCAGCCUUCGCCGAGUGCACACCACGCCCAACACCAUGACCAACCUCAGCGUGGCCAGCGUGGCAGUGCCCACAGAGUGCCUGGUGUGCUCAGAGCUGGCCUUGCUCAUCCACUUCUUCCCUUGCCAGCACAGCAUUGUGUGUGAAGAAUGCUCCAGGAGAAUGAAGAAGUGCAUCAAAUGUCAAGUGACAAUAACCAAAAAACUGAAACAAGACAGCACGGAGGUGGAGUGCAGCCCCAGCUCGGAAUCCACCGACCAGAGGAAGCUGAUGGAGGAGCUGCAGAGCCGCUACCGGCAGAUGGAGGAGAGGAUCACCUGCCCCAUCUGCAUCGACGACCAGAUCAAGCUGGUGUUCCAGUGCGGCCACGGCUCCUGCCCCGACUGCAGCGCGGCGCUCACCGUGUGCCCCAUCUGCCGCCAGGCCAUCCGCGAGAGGAUCCAGAUCUUCGUCUAGGGACGAUCCCACCCCCACCUGCCCCCUCUCCUCCCUCCCUGGCCGGCGUUCCCGGGGGUUUGGCUCCCUGGCAAAGCCCCUCCUGGAG